GGUAUGAACAGGAAAGGAUGAUGAAGUUAAGAUGGCAGCGCUAAUAGGGGUGCUGUCUUUACGGACUCAAGAAAAACACCAGGGACAAACGCAAAGCACGGACGUCAGCUCGCGCAUUUGAAUCUUUCCACUUUGUACAACUGGACUUGAAAGCCCGAUGCGGCUGGAUCGCUUGCAAUCGAGGGGAUAAAGGCUGAAUUUUGAUCCGGGGAAGGAAGGGACGUAUGUUUCGCAGUUGCAGCAGAGCGGCUAACCGUAAACGUCGUUGCAUCGUGAGCGCCGAAAUAAUCGGAGAUACACGGAUGUAAUUCACCGGGCGUUUUCGUGUUUUUGCACAGCGGAUAUAUGGAGUGUAGUUGAGGCUUUUAGCUCUGCUCAUUGACAAUUGAAUCUAAUAUAUGCGCUGUUCCCCCAAACGAUGAUGUGUGCUGCUGCGGCAGCGGGUGCCGGUGGCAGUGGGAUCCUGUCGUCCUCCGCAUCCCACUCCAUGGGACUGGGCGUCAGGGUUAUUCCCGGAGCUGGAAACGAUUUUGCAUCGAUCGGAUCAGGGAUGGGCUCUUGUCCCGUUGUCGGGGCUCGCUCGGAUUGUCGGAGCCGCUACCAGCUUCUUCUCUCCGGGCGAGCGCUGGCAGAGAGGUACCGGAGGAUUUACACCACCGCGAUCAACGACAAAGAGCAGGGGCUGAACCUCGGAAGGGGAAAGAAAGCUUUGAGUAAGAAGAAGCUUAAAAGGCGGCAAAAAGUCAAAUCAAAAGUGAAAACAAGAACGAAGACAGAGAGUCUGGAUGGGGCCUUCCUUGUGCCUGACAUCAAACUCCACAGCAACCCCUCUGCAUUCAAUGUCUACUGUAAUGUACGGCAUUGCGUGUUAGACUGGCAGCAGAAGGAGGCUGCAUUGGCCCUGGCCUCCCACAACUCUGUGCAGAGCGGAGACUCAGACAGCGAGGAAGAGGAGGAGUACCGCGAACCAGCCAUCAAACUGCCCAAGAUCAUUGGUAUUGGACUGUGUGGAGUAUUUGAGCUCAUCAAAGAGACACGUUUCUCACACCCGUCACUGUGCCUACGGAGCCUUCAGGCCCUGCUGGACAUGCUACAGGGGCAACAGCCUGAGAGCUUUCAAACCGAACCUCCAGAUGUGCUUGAGUCUCUCUUCCACCUUCUGCUGGAGACGACGGUGCGGAGCACAGGGAUGAAUGACCCCAACGGUCAGACCCUCACAGCAUUAUCCUGUGCCUGUCUCUUCAGCCUGGUGGUGGCCUGGGGAGACACUGGUAAAACCCUCCAGGCUGUAUCUGCAAUCCUCACCAACAAUGGCAGCCAUGCAUGCCAGACCAUCCAGGUUCCGACAAUCCUGAACGCUCUCCAGAGGAGUGUACAGGCAGUGCUGGUGGGAAAGAUCCAGAUCCAGGACUGGUUCGGGAAUGGCAUCAAGCGAGCCGCACUCAUGAACAAAUGGGUCCUGAAGGACGUGAACAUCGAUGAAGAUGAACACUGUCUUCUUCAAACCGAUGGAUCAUUCCUCUACCUGCUCUGCAAAGAUGGCCUUUAUAAAGUGGGCUCAGGGUACAGCGGGACCGUCAGGGGCCAUGUAUACAACUCCACAUCACGUAUCAGGAACCGUAAGGAGAAAAGGCCAUGGCUGGGAUUCGCUCAGGGUUGUUUGCUGUAUCGAGACAUGAACAGAGACAGCUUGGUGGCCGUAAAAAUCAACCCAGAGACCCUGGAGCAGGAGGGCACCAUCACAAUGCCUGGUCUUCAAGCAGAUGGGCAGAACAUUGUAUUUACUGAUGGAGAUUAUAUCAACCAGAUUGCAGCCUGCAAAGAUGAUGGCUUUGUGGUGCGGAUAUACGCCACCAGCUCAGACCCGGCCCUACAGCAGGAACUGCAGCUCAAACUGGCCAGGAAGUGUCUUCAUGCCUGUGGCAUCUCCCUCUUUGACCUGGAAAAAGACCUUCAUAUCAUCAGCACUGGUUUUGAUGAGGAAGCAGCCCUGAUUGGAGCUGGCAGAGAGUUUGCUUUGAUGAGAACGGCAUCUGGGAAGAUCUACUAUACUGGAAAGUAUCAGAGCCUCGGCAUUAAGCAGGGCGGCCCAUCGGCUGGGAAGUGGGUGGAAUUGCCAGUCACUAAAUCGCCCAAGAUUGUGCAGUUUUCUGUGGGCCAUGACGGCUCCCACGCCCUGCUGGUGGCCGAGGACGGAAGUGUCUUCUUCACAGGCUCUGCCAGCAAAGGGGAGGAUGGAGAAUCAACAAAGAGCAGAAGACAACCAAAGCCCUACAAACCCAAGAAGAUGAUCAAACUGGAGACAAAGACAGCAGUAUACACGGCCUGCAACAACGGCAGUAGUAGCAUUGUCACUAAAGAAGGAGAGCUCUAUAUGUUUGGCAAGGAUGCCAUUUACAGCGACAGCACCUGUCAGGUAUCUGAUCUGAAGGGACAUAUUGUAACUCAGGUAGCCAUGGGGAAAGCUCACACCUGUGUGCUGACAAAGAGUGGUGAGGUGUGGACCUUCGGGGUAAACAACAAGGGCCAGUGCGGUCGAGAUACUGGAACUAUGAGCCAGGCAGGGAAAGCGUUUGGAGUAGAGAACAUGGCCACUGCCAUGGAUGAGGACUUGGAGGAUGAGCUGGACGAGAAGGAAGAGAAAUCCAUGAUGUGUCAGCCGGGCAUGCACAAGUGGAAGCUGGAUCAGUGUAUGGUGUGCACCGUGUGUGGAGACUGCACCGGGUACGGUGCCAGCUGUGUGAGCAGUGGUCGUCCAGACAGAGUGCCAGGAGGGAUUUGUGGCUGUGGCUCUGGUGAGUCUGGCUGUUCAUCGUGUGGCUGCUGUAAGGCUUGUGCUCGAGAGCUGGAUGGUCAAGAGGCCAGACAAAGAGGAAUUUUUGAUGCUGUAAAGGAAAUGAUACCGCUGGACCUACUCUUAGGCGUCAAUAUAGAGGAGCACAUUCAGAUUCGACAGGAGGAGAAGAGACAACGCAUCAACCGCCGACACCGCCUGGAAGAGGGCAGAGGCCCCCUUGUUUUCCCUGGUCCCCUUUUAAUGAACCAGCGUGAGCAAGUACUAGCCAGACUAAGACCCCUUCAGGCCAUUAAGCUAAUGCGGGAGAAACUGAAAGAUGGCAGCAGUGAACGAGGGGACAAGGAUGCCAGUAAGAUCACUACCUAUCCUCCAGGGGCCAUGCGCUUUGAUUGUGAGAUGCGAGCCAUGCAGGUUAGCUGUGGCUUCCACCACUCCGUGGUAUUAAUGGAGAAUGGAGAUGUUUACACCUUUGGAUAUGGACAACAUGGGCAACUCGGACAUGGAGAUGUUAAUUCUAGGGGGUCUCCCACUCUGGUUCAGGGUCUGCCUGGCCCCAGUACUCAGGUGACAGCUGGCAGUAACCACACUGCAGUGCUUCUCAUGGAUGGACAGGUCUUCACCUUUGGGAGCUUCUCUAAAGGGCAGUUAGGGCGACCAAUUCUAGACAUGCCCUACUGGAACGCCAAACCCUCUCCCAUGCCCAACAUUGGUGCCAAGUACGGCCGCAAGGCCACGUGGAUCGGAGCCAGCGGAGAUCAGACUUUCCUUAGAAUUGACGAGGCACUCAUUAACUCCCAUGUCCUGGCCACAUCUGAGAUUUUUGCCAGCAAACACAUAAUUGGUUUGGUUCCCACAUCUUUAUCCGAGCCUCCUCCCUUCAAAUGCCUCCUGAUCAACAAACUGGAUGGGAGCUGCCGCACCUUCAAUGACUCGGAGCAGGAGGAUUUGCAAGGCUUCGGCCUCUGUUUGGACCCUGUGUAUGAUGUCAUCUGGAGGUUCUUACCAUCUACACGAGAGAUGUGUUGCUAUAAUGCAGUAAUAGCAGAUGCUCGUGUACCCCCUGCCUCAGACAUCCAGGCCCUCUGCAGCAUCCUAAGUCCUGAGCUGGCUCUUCCUUCGGGCUCUCACGCCACCACCACUCGCUCCCAUGGAGCUCUGCACAUCCUGGGUUGUCUUGACACCCUGGCUGCUAUGCAGGAGCUGAAAAUGUGCGUGGCCAGCGCUGAGGAAGAGACCCAGGCUGUGAUGAAAGUCUACUCCAAAGAGGACUACAGUGUGGUCAACCGCUUUGAGAGUCAUGGAGGCGGCUGGGGUUACUCUGCACACUCUGUUGAGGCCAUACGCUUUUGCGCUGAUACUGACAUCUUAUUAGGGGGUUUGGGUCUUUUUGGUGGCCGAGGGGAGUACACUGCAAAGAUCAAGCUGUUUGAACUGGGCUCUGAUGGAGGAGACCAUGAGACAGAUGGAGAUCUAUUGGCCGAGACAGAUGUUUUGGCCUACGACUGUGCUGCUCGAGAGAAGUAUGCCAUGAUGUUUGAUGAGCCUGUGCUGCUUCAGUUGGGCUGGUGGUAUGUGGCAUGGGCUCGUGUGUCUGGACCCAGCAGUGAUUGCGGCUCUCAUGGCCAGGCAACCAUCACCACUGACGAUGGUGUGGUCUUUCAAUUCAAGAGCUCCAAGAAAUCAAACAAUGGUACUGAUGUGAAUGCUGGACAGAUUCCUCAACUACUGUACAGGUUGCCCUCUAAUGAUGGGAACACAUCCAAAGGAAAGCAGCAGAGCAGUGAGCCUGUGCACAUCCUCAAGCGAUCUUUCGCCAGGACUGUCUCUGUGGAGUGUUUUGAAUCUCUGCUGAGUAUCCUGCACUGGAGCUGGACCACGCUGGUAUUGGGUGUGGAGGAACUCAGAGGACUGAAGGGUUUCCAGUACACAGCCACCCUUCUGGACUUGGAGCGUCUACGUUUUGUGGGCACCUGCUGCCUGCGACUGUCACGUGUCUACAUCUGUGAGAUCUUCCCCAUCUCUGCCAGCACCAAAGCAGUUGUGGAGGAAUCCAGCAAGCUGGCUGAGUGUGUAGGAAAGACCCGCAGCCUCCUGAAGAAGAUCCUGUCGGAGGGGAUGGACAACUGCCUGAACAAGUUGGAUAAUGAUCCGCAGGGAUAUUUAAGUCAGCCACUCAUGCUGCUGGAGGCCGUGCUGCAAGAGUGCCACAACACCUUCACCGCCUGCUUCCACUCAUUCUACCCCACACCAGCCCUCCAGUGGGCCUGCCUCUGUGACUUACUCAACUGCCUCGACCAGGACAUUCAAGAGGCGAAUUUCCGCACAUCAAGCAGUCGUCUGCUGGCUGCAGUAAUGUCGGCGCUGUGUAACACAUCAGUCAAGCUGACCUCCAUCUUGCCCAUAGCGUAUGACGGAGAGGUGCUGCUGCGCUCCCUCGCAAAGCAGGUCAGUACGGAAAAUGACUCUGCCCUUGCUCACCGUUUCCCCCUGCUGGUGGCACACAUGGAGAAACUCAGUCAUAUGGAGGAGAAUCUGAUGGGUAUGACGACGUUCCGGGAGGUUCUGGAAAAGAUGCUUGUGAUUGUGGUUCUUCCUGUGAGGAAGAGUCUGAGGAAGGAAGUGGAGCUCUUCUCUCCUCAUCUUGUAUCCAACACAUGUGGUCUGCUGGCCAGUAUUGUCAGUGAACUAACUGCCUCUGCUCUUGGCUCUGAGGUGGAUGGGCUGAACUCCCUGCACUCUGUGAAGUCCACCCCCAACCGCUUUACUAAGACUAGCCAGGGCCGGAGCUGGAACACUGGGAACGGAUCCCCAGAUGCCAUCUGCUUCAACGUGGACAAGCCAGGGGUGGUGCUGGUGGGAUUCUGUGUGUACGGAGGAGGAGGCAUCCACGAGUAUGAGCUGGAGGUGCUCGCUGAUGAUGCACAGACAGAGCACCCUGGAGAUUCUGCCCACUGUCACAGAUGGACAUCUCUGGAGCUGGUCAAAGGCACAUACAGCACUGACGACUCUCCCAGUGACAUUGCUGAGAUCCGCCUGGACAAAGCUGUUCCCCUCAAGGAGAAUGUGAAAUAUGCAGUCCGUCUGCGUAACUAUGGCAGCCGCACAGCCAAUGGGGAUGGAGGCAUGACCACUGUACAGUGCUCUGAUGGAGUCACCUUCACAUUCAGCACCUGCAGCUUGAGCAGCAACGGCACCAACCAGACCAGAGGACAAAUCCCUCAGAUACUCUAUUACAGGAGUGAAUAUGAUGGUGACCUGCAGUCGCAGCUGUUAAGCAAAGCCAAUGAAGAGGACAAGAACUGCAGUCGAGCUCUGUCUGUGGUCAGUGUGGUGGUGCGGGCAGCCAAAGACCUUCUCCACAGAGCCUUUGCUGUGGACGUUGAAGACAUCCCAGAACUCCUGAGUUCCUCCAGUCUUUUCUCAAUGCUCCUUCCACUCAUUUUGGCAUACAUCGGUCCUGUGGCUUCCUCUGUGCCUAAGGCUGCAGUGGAGGUGUUUGGUUUGGUGCAGGAACUUCUUCCGGCUGUUUCUGCCCUUAACCAGAAAUAUGCCCCACCCGCCUUCAAUCCCAACCAGUCCACAGACAGCACCACUGGGAAUCAGCCAGAGCAGGGCCUAUCAGCUUGCACCACUUCUAGUCAUUAUGCUGUCAUAGAGAGCGAUCACCCCUACAAGCAGGCUGGUGUCACUCAGUACAAGGUUUCCUUCCCAGAUUGUGUUCGCUGGAUGACCGUUGAGUUUGACCCUCAGUGUGGCACGGCACAGUCAGAGGAUGUUCUCCGUCUACUGAUACCCAGCCGAUCUCUACACUUCUCUGGGCUUGCCUCCAAACCUCUGGCCCAUGAGACUAUAAACAGCUGGACGGAACUCAAGAAGUUCUUUAGCUCCAGUGGCUGGCCCACCGCCGUCUUGGUGCUGCCAGGUAAUGAAGCACUCUUUUCCUUGGAAACUGCAUCAGAUUAUGUGAAAGAUGAGAAGGCUUGUUUCUACGGAUUCAAAUGUGUAGCUGUUGGUUAUGAAUUUAACCCUGGUCUUGAUGAGGGUAUUAUUCAGCUGGAGAAGGAACUGGCCUAUUUGGGAAGUGUGUGUGCAGCUGCACUCAUGAAAAAGGAUCUAGCUCUACCCUUAGGAAAUGAACUGGAGGAGGAUUUGGAGAUUUUAGAAGAGGCUUCACUCCAGGUGUGUAAAUCCCACUCAGGGAUCCUGGGAAAGGGGCUGGCACUCUCUCACUCACCUACCAUCCUAGAAGCAUUGGAGGGCAACCUGCCAAUAUACCUGCAAACCAAUGAACACUCAUUUCUGGAGGACUUCAUCACCUGUGUGCAGAACUCCAGUGGUGGCCGGCUUGCCAGGUGGCUUCAACCAGACUCCUACGCAGACCCUCAAAAGACCUCACUCAUCCUGAACAAAGAUGACAUCCGCUGCAGCUGGCCCACCACUGUUGUGGUGCAGACCAAAGACCAAUAUGGUGAUGUUGUGCAUGUGCCAAACAUGAAGGUUGAAGUGAAGGCUGUUCCUGUCUCUCAGAAGAAGUCCAUCCAGCAGGAGAACAUGAAGAGACUGCAGCGUUUGCCGGGCAGCUCCUCUAACUCUCCCUCAAGCUCUGACCUGACCUUCGGUGGACAUCCAGCACCCAAACUGGAGGCAACUUAUGAGCCCAUGAUCAUCAAAGAGGCCCGUUAUAUCGCCAUCACCAUGAUGAAGGCAUAUGAAAAUUACUCUUUUGAGGAGCUACGCUUUGCUUCACCCACACCAAAGAGGCCUAGUGAGAACAUGCUCAUCCGGGCCAACACAGAUGGCACCUACAGCGCUAACUGGACCCCUGGUGCUGUUGGACUUUACACCAUUCAUGUGACCAUAGACGGCAUUGAGAUUGAUGCUGGUCUGGAGGUAGAAGUCAAAGACCCACCCAAAGGAAUGAUCCCUCCUGGCACACAGAUGAUCAAACCCAAAGCUGAACCUCAACCUAGCAAGGUGCGCAAAUUUGUGGCCAAGAACAGCGCAGGGCUGCGUGUGCGUAGUCACCCUUCUCUGCAGAGUGAACAGAUAGGCAUAGUCCAAGUAAAUGGCUCCAUCACUUUCAUUGACGAGAUCCACAAUGAUGAUGGGGUCUGGCUCAGACUGAAUGAUGACACAGUAAAGAAGUAUGUUCCCAGCAUGAAUGGCUACACUGAAGCCUGGUGCAUCUCUUUUAACCAGCAUCUGGGAAGAUGCCUCCUGGUCCCUGUCGAUGAGGACAGGUCAAGUUCAGAUGAUAAUGGGAAGGAGACCAGUGGCCGCCCUUCUCAUGAGACCAGUGUUCGUGACCUGGGUGCGGGCCAGACUGGUGGACCAGGUCUUUAUAAGGUAGUGAAGACCGGACCUUCUGGUCACAACAUCAGAAGCUGCCCAAACCUUAGAGGUAUCCCCAUUGGAAUGUUAGUUCUGGGGAACAAAGUCAAGGCGGUAGGCGAGGUGAUUAACUCAGAGGGCACGUGGGUUCAGCUGGAUAAGAACAGUGUGGUGGAGUUCUGUGAGAGCGACGAGGGGGAGGCCUGGUCUCUGGCCCGAGACAAAGGGGAAAACCAGUACCUAUGCCAUGAGGAAGAACAAGUGAUUUUGGAGCAUGGAGCGCAAACCCCUCCUCCGAGCCCGUUCUCGGUUCAGGCAUUUAACAGGGGCAGCUCAGGAGCUCAGGGCUUUGACUACGGCAUCUCCAACAACAAAGGUGACCGGCUGAGUUCCAUACUGAAUUCCAUUCAGUCUGGGCCUUUCCUCCAAACUCCUUCCAUAUUUGAGCAAGCUGCCAAACCUCCCUCUUACCUUGUCCACUGCCCAUUUGUGUUUGGACAAUCCCUUUCCCAGCAGCCUCAACCGCAUCCACAGCUUCCGAAUGCUUCACCACGCAGCCUUGCUUCACGUGAGCGUGUGCGUAAAAGCAGUGCAACAGGGCCUGGCACCAUUCUCUCAUCUCUUGUUCUCAGACAAAAGGGUGACAGGGAAAACAUGGCUAGUCGGUCCAUGUCUCCAUCCAGCAAGCACCGUCAAGAAAGCCGUUCUUCCAAAUCUGACAGUCACUCUAUCCGAACAUUUGACCAGGUGAAGAGCAAGAACAACGACAGUCUGUCUGCCAGUGAAGCCCUCAUUCUAAAAUCAGACACGGGCAAACUGCGUUCUGACUCUCACAGCCGUUCUCAUUCCCCUAACCACAACACACUACAAGCCUUGAAAGCUGAUGGCCGAACUUCAGGCAUUAGGGCCGAGUCUCCGAACCCUGGCUCUCGUUCAUCCUCACCCAAACAAAAGACCUUAACCUCAGGCAGAUCCAGUCCUUCCAGCACUAGUUCCCCACGUUCUUCUCCUCCUCAUGAUAAGAACCUGCCCUCUAAAGUUAGUCCUUCUUCUAAAGCUCACCUGGAUCCUCCUCGUGAGAGAUCCAAAUCUGACUCCUAUACGCUGGACCCUGACACACUAAGAAAGAAGAAAGUGCCUCUCAUGGAGCCUUUGAGGGGCAGGUCUACUUCACCCAAGCCAAAACUCCCACCCAAAGAGGGCAAAGGAGGAAGCAGUAAUGCAGAGAACCGAGCCCCAUCUCCCCACGUAGUUCAGGAAAACCUCCACAGUGAGGUAGUGGAAGUCUGUAGGUCCAGCGCCUUGCUAUCCAACGAUGAAGCCAAUGAAGAGAAUGCAGAGUUGCACAAUACCGAAGAGGGCUCCUCCAAGGUGCACUUCAGUAUUGGAAAAGCCCCGGUCAAGGAGGAGCUUGAGAGUCGUUCUUCACCCAAAGUCAGCCGUAAAACCUCCAGCAGACAUGUGAGACCCAAAAAGGACAAAUCAGGGCCACUCUUUAAGGGUGACAACUUGCGUCCCACUGAACCUGCCAAGCAGGCCAUGUCGCCAUCUGUUGCGGAGUGUGCUCGUGCUGUCUUUGCUGCUUUCCUGUGGCACGAAGGCAUAGUACAUGAUGCCAUGGCAUGCUCUUCCUUCCUCAAGUUCAACCCUGAGCUGACCAAAGAACAUGCGCCCAUCCGCAACUCACUCAGCUGCCAACAAGGCUUUGAUGAGAAAGAGAACAAACUGAAGAACCGCCACUCACUGGAGAUAUCCUCUGCCCUCAACAUGUUCAACAUAUCACCUCAUGGCCCAGACAUAUCCAAGAUGGGUAGCAUCAACAAGAACAAGGUUCUGUCCAUGUUGAAAGAACCUCCCUUGCCUGAGAAAUGUGAGGAUGGAAAAAGUGAGGCAGUCUCUUACGAGAUGACCAGCCAUUCCUCCAUGAGGUCCAAGUCUAUCUUGCCUCUUACCCUCCAGCACCUAGUAGCAUUCUGGGAAGACAUAUCUUUGGCUACCAUUAAAGCAGCUACACAGAACAUGAUCUUCCCCAGUCCAGGUUCCAGUGCGAUCCUUAAAAAGAAGGAGAAUGAAAAGGACAGCAAAAAGACAAAGAAAGAGAAAAAGAAGAAGGAGAAAGCUGAGGUGCGCCCUAGGGGGAACCUUUUUGGGGAGAUGGCACAGUUAGCUAUGGGAGGCCCAGAGAAGGAUACCAUAUGUGAGUUGUGUGGAGAGUCUCACCCAUACCCUGUUACAUACCACAUGAGGCAGGCCCACCCAGGCUGUGGCCGAUAUGCUGGAGGUCAGGGCUAUAACAGUAUUGGGCACUUCUGUGGAGGCUGGGCUGGUAACUGUGGAGAUGGUGGAAUUGGAGGAAGCACCUGGUACCUGGUGUGUGAUCGUUGUAGAGAGAAGUACCUGAGAGAAAAACAAACGGCUGCAAGGGAAAAGGUUAAGCAGUCAAGGAAGAAACCUCUCCAGGUGAAAACCCCGAGGGCUCUGCCCACAAUGGAGGCCCACCAGGUUAUCCGUGCCAAUGCGCUGUUCCUGCUAUCUCUGAGCAGCGCUGCUGAGCCUAGCCUGCUUUGCCAUCACCCACCCAAACCCUUCCAUACACAUUUACCCAGUCUCAAGGAGGGAGUGUCUGAGGAAAUUCCAAACAAGAUGGGCUGUCUCUAUCUGCAAACCCUAGCACGCCAGCACACUGAGAACUUUGGGGCGUACCAAGAUGACAACUUGUUUCAGGAUGAGAUGCGUUACCUGCGUUCUACAUCAGUACCCGCUCCCUACAUCUCAGUCACUCCAGAUGCCUGCCCCAAUGUUUUUGAAGAGCCUGGAAGUAAUAUGAAAUCUAUGCCCCCAAGUUUGGAGACUAGCCCAAUCACAGACAGUGACACAGCCAAGCGAACAGUAUUCCAGCGCUCAUAUUCUGUAGUGGCCUCAGAGUAUGACAAACAGCACUCAGCCUCGCCAGCACGGGUAAAGGCAGUGCCCAGACGAAGGGUACACAGCGGGGAUGCAGAAGUUGGGUCGUCUCUGCUUCGUCACCCUUCUCCUGAGUUGUCUCGACUGAUCUCUGCCCACGGGUCUCUCAGCAAGGGUGAAAGGAACUUCCAGUGGCCUGUGUUGGCAUUUGUAAUCCAACAUCAUGACCUUGAGGGCCUGGAGGUGUCCAUGAAGCAUGCACUCCGCAAAUCAGCCUGCAGGGUAUUUGCCAUGGAGGCUUUUAACUGGCUGCUGUGCAACGUGACUCAGACCACCUCCCUCCACGAUAUCCUGUGGCACUUUGUUUCGUCUCUGACCCCAUCUCCCUUUGAGAUGGAAGAAGAGGAGGAUGAGGAGCACAAAGGAAACAAGGAGAACCUUGAGCAGGAGAAGGAUUUGGGUGUCUGUGAGCACCCUCUCUCUGACAUAAUCAUCGCAGGAGAGGCGGCUCACCCAUUGCCCCACACCUUUCAUCGUCUGCUCCAGACCAUCUCUGACCUCAUGAUGUCUCUACCCAGUGGAAGCUCACUCCAGCAGAUGGCCCUUAGGUGUUGGAGCCUCAAAUUCAAACAGUCGGAUCAUCAGUUCCUGCACCAGAGUAAUGUGUUCCACCACAUCAACAACAUCCUGUCCAAAUCAGAUGAUGGGGACAGUGAGGAGAGCUUUAACAUCAGUGUACAAUCAGGAUAUGAAGCCAUCAGUCAGGAAAUGUGUGUGUUGACCUGUCUGAAAGAUCUGACUAGUGUGGUGGACAUUAAAACAUCCAGCCGACCAGCCAUGAUCGGCAGUCUGACUGACGGCUCCACUGAGACAUUCUGGGAGUCUGGAGAUGAAGAUAAGAACAAAACUAAGAGCAUCACCAUCAGCUGUGUCAAAGGCGUCAAUGCAUCCUAUGUAUCUGUCCAUGUAGACAACUCCCGUGACAUUGGAAAUAAAGUGACGUCAAUGACGUUCCUGUGUGGCAAGGCUGUGGAAGAUCUCUGCAGGAUUAAACAGAUUGAAUUGGACUCGAGGCACAUGGGCUGGUUAACCAGUGAGCUGCCAGGAGGAGACCACCAUGUGAUCAAGAUCGAGCUUAAGGGUCCUGAGAACACCCUCAGGGUACGGCAGGUGAAAGUGCUUGGCUGGAAGGAGGGUGACAGCAUUAAGAUUGCUGGGCAGAUAUCAUCCAGUGUGGCCCAGCAGAAGAACUGUGAGACUGAGACACUACGUGUGUUCCGCCUUAUUACCUCACAGGUAUUUGGAAAACUAAUUUGUGGGGAUGCAGAACCAACACCAGAACAAGAGGAGAAGAACCUGCUCUCUUCACCAGAAGGAGAAGACAAGGCUCCAUCUGAUGCAGACUUGAAGGAACACAUGGUUGGCAUUAUAUUUAGCAGGAGCAAGCUAACCAACCUUCAGAAACAGGUAUGUGCUCAUAUCGUCCAGGCUAUCCGCAUGGAGGCCACACGUGUGCGGGAGGAAUGGGAGCAUGCCAUCUCCAGCAAGGAGAAUGCAAACUCUCAGCCCAGUGACGAUGACGCCUCCUCUGAUGCAUACUGCUUUGAGCUGUUAUCAAUGGUGCUGGCCUUGAGUGGAUCUAACGUUGGCAGGCAGUAUCUUGCCCAGCAACUCACCCUGUUGCAGGACCUGUUCUCCUUGCUUCACACUGCCUCACCACGUGUCCAGAGACAGGUAACGUCAUUGCUCAGGCGCGUUCUUCCGGAGGUCACUCCCAUGCGCUUGGCCAGUGUCAUUGGGGUGAAGGCCUUGCCACCAGCAGACAUCAGUGACAUCAUUCACUCUACUGAGAAGGCUGACUGGACCAAACUGGGCAUUUUAGAUAUGUUCCUGGGCUGCAUCGGCAAGGCCCUCACAGUGCAGCUCAAAGCUAAGGGCACCACUAUAGUGGGCACAGCUGGUAUGGCUGCAGGCAAAGGAGUCACUACAGUCACCUUGCCCAUGAUCUUUAACUCAAGCUACAUACGGCGUGGAGAGAGUCACUGGUGGAUGAAGGGCUCCAUGCCGCCACAGAUCGCUGAGAUCAUCAUUAAACUAGUCAAAGACAUGGCUGCUGGGCAUCUCUCUGAUGCCUGGUCCAGGGUGACUAAAAAUGCAAUAGCUGAGACCAUCAUUGCCCUCACUAAGAUGGAAGAGGAACACCGUUCUCCAGUGCGCUGCAUUGCCACCACUCGGAUGUGGCUGGCACUGGCCUCGCUGUGUGUGCUGGAUCAAGACCACGUGGACCGAUUAUCCUCAGGGCGUUGGAUGGGCAAAGAUGGGCAGCAGAAGCAGAUGCCCAUGUGUGAUAACCAUGAUGAUGGGGAGACGGCAGCCAUAAUUCUGUGUAAUGCAUGUGGAAACCUGUGCACUGACUGUGACCGCUUCCUGCAUCUGCACCGGCGCACCCGUACCCACCAGAGACAGGUGUUUAAGGAGGAGGAGGAGGCCAUUAAGGUGGACCUACAUGAAGGCUGUGGCAGAACCAAACUCUUUUGGCUCAUGGCAUUGGCUGACUCCAAGACCAUGAAGGCCAUGGUGGAGUUCCGUGAGCACACAGGUAAACCAGCAUCCAGCAGUUCAGACGUCUGCCGCUUCUGUGGCACCAGAAAUGGCACAGAGCUGUCAGCUGUUGGAAGUGUGUGUUCAGACCAAGACUGUCAGGAGUAUGCAAAGCUGGCCUGCAGCAAGACUCAUCCAUGUGGUCAUCCGUGUGGUGGAGUCAAAAAUGAAGAGUUGUGUCUUCCCUGCCUGCAUGGCUGUGACAAAACCACAGCAUGUCUGAAACAGGACGCUGAUGAUAUGUGCAUGAUCUGCUUCACUGAAGCUCUCUCUGCUGCCCCAGCAAUCCAGAUGGACUGCAGUCACGUGUUCCAUCUCCAGUGCACACGAAGGGUUCUAGAGAACCGUUGGCUUGGGCCUAGGAUAACCUUCGGCUUUAUGUCUUGUGCUAUUUGCAAGAACAAAAUAAACCACUCUUUCCUGAAAGACUUGCUGGACCCCAUCAAAGAGCUGUAUGAGGAUGUGAGGAGAAAGGCUUUAAUGAGGCUGGAGUAUGAAGGACUACACAAGAGUGAAGCCAUCACAAUGCCUGGAGCUCGAUUCUACAAUGACCCAGCUGCUUUUGCCAUGAACAGAUAUGCUUACUAUGUGUGCUACAAGUGCAAGAAGGCAUACUUUGGGGGUGAAGCUCGCUGUGAUGCUGAAGCAGGACAAGGUGAUGAUUAUGAUCCUAGUGAGCUCAUCUGUGGAGGAUGCUCGGAUGUGUCCAGAGCACAGAUGUGCUCUAAACAUGGGACCGAUUUCCUCGAGUAUAAAUGCCGUUACUGUUGUUCCGUGGCUGUCUUCUUCUGCUUUGGGACCACACAUUUCUGCAAUGCAUGUCAUGAUGAUUUCCAGAGGAUGACCAGUAUCCCAAAAGAAGAGCUGCCUCAUUGUCCAGCCGGACCAAAAGGAAAACAACUAGAAGGAAGUGAGUGUCCCCUGCACGUGGUUCAUCCUCCCACCGGAGAGGAGUUUGCUCUGGGCUGUGGAGUGUGUAGAAAUGCCCAUACCUUCUAAACGCCAGCAUCCUGUGUUGAUCUCUCUCUCUAUAUAUAAAUAUAUAUUCACCCGAGUGUGGCGGCUGACACCGGAUGUCCGAUUCUGAUGGGGCUGUGACCAGCCAGCAUGCUCCAGGGUGUGUCCCCUCUCUUUAGACCCUGAAGAAUGAAGAAAAAAAAAGAACAGAAAAACCUUUGUGACGUGUUUGCAUGCAGCCGUUGUAACCCUGCGGCUCCCAUAAACAUUGCACACCUCCUGACCACUGAAGUGUAACAAUGAAUGGAAGAGUUUUUAACUGAAUCCAAGACUGCUUAUGGUCACCGUGAAAAAAAGACAAAACACGGGCCAUGAUUUCAGCUUCUCGAAAACAAAAUUAAGAUUAUAUUGUUGUAUGUAAACUGACUUUUUUUUUCUUAAUUCUGUACAGUAUUCCUUCUCUUUAGAGUGCAUCAUGGUUUGAUGGGAUUAAAUAUUCAGAUGAUAUAAGAGGACUUUCGAAUGUGACACUGGGAGAAAAAUAGUGUACGAUUUAUCUAAUCUUGUAUAUAAUGACAGUAACCAUUCAUAAGUGUAUUCCAAUGUUGCUGCUCUACACUUCAGUUUCGUUUGAUAUUCUGGGUUAUGUUUUGAGCCAGAACUUUUAAUGAAGUGCAAUACUGGGUGUGCCUCCUCGCAGAUGUAAACAUAUGGAAUGUAUGUCAAUAAAGCCACUGUACAUUUGUAUACAGUGAUACACACGCUGAUGUGUUUCCCCCCGGCAAGUAUAAUAUCAUUUCUGUAGUCAGAACGUUAUAGAGGGGCUUAAUAUCUGCCCUUUUGUCUCAAUGACGUGGUGUAAACCCCCUUUUCUGUUAUUUUAAAAACAAAAGGUGAGUAUGUUCUGCGUUUGUAUUGUAAGAACACGACUGAUUGGGGCCAGUUUUCACACCAAACCAAAGGAGCGUGAGGCAAAACAUAAAAUAUUAGACAUUGUGAAUAAUUAGUGGUCGUUUUGGAGGCAUAUAGGAGUGUUUGAGGUGUGACAAACCGUUGCUGUAAAAGACAAAAUACUGCAACUUAUGAAUCUGCUUUGUAUUAUUAUCUGUGGAUGGAGCUGAAUGGUAAUAAACCAGGUUCUCUGUUCAGCAAGGUACCAUUACAAAAAGAGUUGUUGUGUUUUCUUUUCUCCAUUCUAGGAACAUUUCAGCUAAAAAAUUAAAAUGAUAUUAAGGUGGUAUAGUUGUUUGAACAUAGCAACUGAAUGGAAGAGGUGUGACGUGCGAAAUGUUUGAGUUGAAUAUGACCUAUGGCACAGGAACGUAGAAAUAGAAUUGACAGAAUAGAAAUUACCAUGAUGCUUAGUG